CUGACAUGUCGCAAUCGCAAGCUCAAAUGCGAUGAGCUAAAGCCAAUCUGUGGACAAUGCGCAAAGGCUAGUCGUCAAUGUGUGCCUAGUCCAGGCGUUGUCUUCAGACAUCAGCAGAAUGCAUCAAUGAAUGGAUCAGGCACAAAUGACGAUAAUGUCGGUCUCAAGAGUUUCUAUGGAUAUAAGGAAACAUUUGGAAAAGACAGUGUCUGGGUAGCCAUCCCACAGAAUCUCACGUUUGUGCACACCACUGAUCCAUACAACGAAGCGGACACGACACACUUCCAUACUGAUUCGACAGCUACUGGAUCAGCAUCGCGGAUUGACAGCAGUUGGAAUACUACAGCCGAAUAUUCAUAUCCAUUCGUGUCAAGCUCGACACAUGGACUAGAAGCAUUGUCUGCUGCAGCAUCAGGUGACCAUUACCUCCAAAACACUACUCGACAAACGGAUGCAUCUGAUUCUUUCUCACCGCCCAUCGAUCCGAGGCUUGAUACAGAGCUUUCCGAAACCUGCAUUGACUUGUUCACACCUCGACCAAACUCUGUGCGAAGCGACUUCGAACCGAAGAGCGACGAAGACGUGCCAUUUCUACUGCGUCACUUCUCGGAAGGGCCAGGUGAAUGGAUGGAUCUCUUUGAUCUAGGAUCGUUCUUUGCAGUCGAUGUACCCUUGAAGGCAGCUUCUAGUCCUUUACUACUUUUCGCAUCCAUUGCGUUAUCCGCCAAGGCUUUGGGAAGAACCAGAAUCACGGCACAGCAACCUAAAGGCUCGGGCUCCAAGCGUACUCCAGCAGAAUGGUCUCACAAGGCUCGGUACUAUUACGACCAAGCGAUCACACUGCUCAGACAAGCACUAGAGAAUGAGACCAGACAAACCUCUGCUAGACAGCAAUCACCAAAUCCCGCCAUAGUAGCGACAAACGCCAUGAUGGAACUUGGCGCUGACCAUCACUCAGAACCACCAGCAGUCCUGCCUCGGACAGACUCUGACGAGCUGAUCGCCACAACAGCCAUAUUGUGUGUUUUCGAGUUCCUUGAUGCAUCAGGCACAGAGUGGUCGAGGCAUCUAGAUGGCGCCAAAAGCCUGUUCGAUAUUGCCAAGGACGGUACAAUGCCUUUGUCAAGCGCUACCUCAGGCCAUAGUCCAGUACUUGGUCUGAGACCACCUACUUCCACCAAAGGACGUCGGGCUGUGUUCUGGAACAUUUGUCGACAAGAGAUGUUGAACGCCUUCAUCAACAACACGAAUACUAGAUUAGAUACAAACGACUUAUCCAUGUGGCGAGAUGCUGGAUUGCAUAUUUCACAGUCAGGAUAUAUCUUGCCAUCAAACGACCCUGCAGUACAUGAGCCCAUGGCCGAUGACAUGAUUUCAAACGCAUUAAUCUGGCUCAUGAUGAAGCUGGUGAAUUUCAUCUCUGCUGGCGACGAGUUUCCACACGAAAUGGGCCUGGGUGUUCGACAAAUAGCACUCUUGGAAUACUGGCAGGGGUUGGAACAACAACUUGAUGUGUGGUUUGAGGGACUGCCACACAGCUUCAGGCCGAGCGCUACAGAAUGGCCUGAUAAGAACAACCAGGGCAAUGUGAGAAGUGCGACCAAGAUUCCCUUAAAAUGGUUCGCUCGACCCAUGUGUGCAUCCACGAUACAAUCAUUUCACUUUGCAAAGAUCCAACUGCUUCUCAACAAACCUCAUGAGUCUACAGGCACAAAGCAUAUCAAACACUCAGGUACAAACAGCAAAAACACAUGGUCUUUGGCUCAGCGACACGCAUCCUACGCAUCGAUCUUGAGACAGAGCAGGAAACACGCCGAGGAAAUUGUCAGCAUCGGUCUUGGACUGAAGAACGACAGCGCAAGGAUCCACAGCGUUCAGCCUCUAUAUACGGCUGGACAGGUAUUGGGGAUGCGGGAGUCCACAGCCAGAACGAUCCCUGGUGAAGGAAACUCGACGGACGAGGUUGAUGCUAUGCGUGGUUGCGUGUUGAACUUGCUGCAAAGCAUUCAGCGAGAGACAGGAUGGGCAACAGAAUAUCGUAUGCAGCAGCUGUUGGAGGAGUGGGGUCUACCAAACGGACAGGACUAG